GAACCUGGGAUGGACAUGUUUCAUAUCUAUUUAUUACAUUAAUAGACCAAACGACUAUUUGAUUAAUGUAAAAAAUGAUUAGCAGAUGAAUCGAUAAUGAGAGUAAUUGUUAGAGGCAGCCCUAAGAGAAAAUUAAUUCAACAAAUAUCAGCAGGAAACGAUGCACCUGUGCAAUAAAUUAUUCCCUGAAAAGGACACACCUCUUCCAUCCAAAGUACCUCUUGUAUGAUCUCGGAUCACUUUGGUUCUCGUUUACACACAAAGCGGAUCAUGUCCAGAGUGGAAGCGGUUCGGGACACAAACCUUCGCUCUCUGCUGAGGGAGCUGCGGACAGAUAUUGCUAUGGCUGUAGAUGACCCUUUCCCUCUCGUCUACGGUUUGGUAGACAAAAACAUCAUCACUGACCAACUACUGAAGGACACUCUGGAGAAGGAGGGCAGAGAAGGGAUCCACAAGGCCAUGUACUCCCUCCUGUCCUGGGUCCUGGAGCAGAGCAGAUCCACCAUCCAGGCUUUCUGGAGCAACUUGUCCAAAGUCUACAACCUGGACAGCUACCCAAAGCUGCAGACGCUGCUCACCAACCUGCACUCGAAACGAGAUGCUCCAGUUUCCAGAGGUGAGAAUAGAUCCUCUGGAGGCCACAAAACACCUCACAUCAAGAAGAGGAGCCACGAGGACAGAAAGAAAAACUCACACAAUCUGCAUCCACAGUAUCAUGCCAAGACGAGCAAUGGACCAGGGGGUAAAGUGAGGCUGUACAGAGUGAAGAGUGAAGCUGCAGCCCCACAGCCAGCAUCUGGAAAUAAUGUUCAGGCGGUGUCAUCUUCAGUCCAGAGACCAGUCAGUCUGUCUUCCUCCUUCACUGAGCUGCCAGUCAGCCAUGAAGCCACAGAGAAGAGCCAUAUCAAACAGAUGUUUGGCUCUGAUGGAAGUGCCAGAAACUGUGUACAAGUUGGUGGGGAGUUUUACUCCUGUGGUCAGUCAGAGGAGGUGAAUGGAGCAUCCAAGUCCAUCGCUGUUAAGAACACGUUUCACCACAAGGGGGAGACAACGGAAGGCAUGGUUCAAUUCAACGAGGAUGAGUGUGCAGUGUGUAAGGACGGAGGGGAGCUGAUUUGUUGUGAUGGAUGUCCUCGAGCUUUUCAUCUGACCUGCCUGGACCCUCCACUUUCAUCUAUACCAUGUGGCACUUGGCGGUGUGAAUGGUGCUGUGGCAGUGUAAAAACAGAGAAUGCCCAACUACCUUUACAAUCACUCAUUGCCCAUCCGCAGCCUACAAAUACGAGCUCCAGUAACUCCAUCAUAGACGUUUCCUUCUUCUCCUCGCUGUCACCCUCGUCUCUCACCAGUGUCACAGCUUCUAUGAAUGAGCUCAGUGGCAGAAACCAGUGUUCAGAUGGAGAGCUGCUCAGUGUGAGGGAGGUGUGCGGUGUUUGUCACCUACAAGGAGGAGACCUGACUCACUGCCUCCAGUGUUUUCAGCACUUCCACGUACACUGUCACUUCUCCAAAGAGAGAUCCAUCUGCUCGUCCUGCUCCCGGCCCUGGGGCAGCUCUGCAGGGAAGGAGGCUGAAUCAUCCAGAGUCUUACAGCUCGUCCCAGGAGUUUAUGAUCACAGCUCCUCCGUCCCUGAGCCCGUCCUCCAUAAAGAUGAACUGGAUUCCCUCCUGGGAGACGGAUCCAUUGACAGUAUCUUGCAGUGGGCUUUCCACAACAUCUCUCGGCCUCUUCCAGACUCCCCGGGAUGCUUCCAGUGACAGAGAGAUGACCUGCACUCAUGUAUGAGCUCUCACAGUUUGAAGUUAUACUGCACAGUAACAAUGAUUACAUGAACAUAGCUCAUUACAUGGUAUUAUUUGUUUUAAUAUUUUAACUUGUUUUCAUAUUUUAAAUGUAAAAACAUAUUUUCAAAGUACAGAUUGUAAAGAAUGUGCUCAGAUGACUGUGACUGCUCCCAUUAAGUUCAGUGCAACCAGCAUAAAACUUUUACUAAACAGAAUUGUAUUUGCACCAUGUGAUCUAUGUAUGAACUGAAAUAAGUAAAACAAGAAUAAAACUAGAGCACUUUUAUGAGCCCUCUACAGAAAAUAUUUGCUAAUUAUGCAGGACAUGCUUUAAUUAAUAUUGUACUUAAGUUUUCCAUUAAUCAAAUGACUAAAACUAACUUUGCAUGCAGUGAACCUGACCUUUAUGUGGCACUGGGGUUGCCUGCUUUACCCGGGUGGUAAUCCAGCAUUGCUGUAAUUCUUGCACAUUGUGAAGUUGGAGCAACUUUAGGUUUUUCUGACGAUCCUUGUCUUCACCCCAUCCUAUUCUACAAGACAUCCAAAUUCUCCUCCUGCUUUGUGCAGCAUCACAACAUGACUAACUGUGUAGGACAUGGGGUCAGCACUGAUGUGGGAGGGCUGGCAGUGAGCCGUGAACAUCUCUUGAUAACUUUUGCCAACUUGACCUAACAAACUGCCAUUAUUCUACUUCUGUCACCCUGGAAAACCAGUGAAUCAUUUAUGUAUUUUUCUUGUGUCUUAGCUGUUUUCACGCGUGUGUGUGUGUGUGUGUGUGAAAGUGUUUAUCUUGAGGAAAGCAGUGUUGGAGGAGUUAAUAUACUCACUGGUUAACAGUUUGAGAUCAGGACCCAGGCUGUAGCACACUAAUGUCAGUGGACAUCAGUGUCUCAUCAGGGCAAAUAAAACAGACAAUGCAAACUUCCACAUGUGUGCACAAAGACAUAUAAAUGUCGCUCUCGCUGUGUGGAUCUGCAGAUGAAUUCACAUUCACACGUUACACCAGAUGGUUUCAAUACGAUGAGGUAUGCAAGCUGAGAAAUGCCUCUGUUUAACAGGAAUUCCUUGAAGACUAUCACUUAGAUGUGGAAUGUUGUUUUUGUCAUGGGAUUCAAGAGUUUUAGCAUGACUGCCAGAGGGAUGGAGACCGGCCAGGGAGAUUUUUCUCCCCUCUGUAUUUGGUUGCCAUGGCUCUCAGCUCCUACAGGCCCAAAACAGAGGAGUGUGCGUGCGUGCGUGCAUGCGUGCGUGCGUGAAUGCAUGCAUGCGUGCGUUCUUCUGUUUGUUUGUUUAUGAAUCCACUUUCUAAAUGGCUCAUGAAACUUCCUGCAUACUUGAGGGCUCUUGUGUCCCUGCAGGAAAAGCAACAUCACUGACAGAGAGAUAACCAUUUUCUUCGAUUAUAAGAUACGAAGGAGAAUGAUUUAAAAAUAUUUAAUGCACUGAGAAUAAUACAUCUGACAUAAGGUGGUGUCAAAGUUAGCACUGCCACAAUCCAAAUUGCAGUCAUAAUGAGGGGUAUCAUUUGCAUAACUGCAUUUACUGAUGACUCCUGCUUUACCAUCAUGCAGCUUUCUCCUGGAUCUAGUUGCAUACCACAUGAGAGACCACAUGGAAAAACUCCCUCUCUUUUCAGAAGGAAAAAGAGGCAAACACCUUCUCACCACUAGGUGGCAUCCAUCUGUGUUUGAUGUAGUGAAACGUCAUUUAUUCUGCAGUACUUUACUGAACUGAAGAAACCAUCACAAUGUGAUAAGAGGAAGUAUUUUCUUUCACAAAACAACAUUUGUGCUUAUUGAGAACCAAAAUGAAUUAGUCAUGACUAUUUCAAACAUAAAUACAUUUUACGGGUCAUGUACUGUUUUAAUGUAGAUUAUCUUUACUCAGACCAGUGCUGGAAAGAUAUAAAAGGUACUCAAGUUCUUCACAUAAGUGACCUUUUGAGAUGCUUGGACUCUGCUGUACUUGAGAAUGUCCACUGAAUGUUCCUUUGUGUUUUACUUUAUUACAUUUCAGUGAGAAUUAUUGGAUUUUCAGACUUAAAAUGCUGUAAACAUAUUGAUGCAUCAGUAAUAACAAUAGCAACACUCUGUUGUCUUUGCAGAAGUACUUUUACUUUGGAACAUUUCUCUCCUUAUUCCUUUGUACUUCUAUUAAAGUAUAAUUAUAAAUGCAGGACUUUAACUUGCAAUGGAGUAUUUUGCCGUUCUUGUAUUGCAAAUGUUAUUAAAGUAAAAGAUC